GCGGCGUCCGUGACUGUGAGUCGUCGGUUGCCGUCGGUGCGCGCGACGGUGGACGAUUUCUUGGGGGAUUUCGGGGCGAGGGACCCUUUCCCUGCUGAGUUGGAGAGUGGGUUCGGAGAGAAAGUGUUGGGAUACGGUAACACUGAGCACAAAAUUCUUAUCCCCAAUAUCUCUGCUCUCUCCCUCUCGCAGCAGGACUGUGCCCCCAUUUCCCCUCUCCAGCCCCCCAUCUCCAAAGAUGAUGCACAAACGCUCGUUCGAAAGGUUGUGGGUUGGAGACUUGUGGAUGAGGAGGGUGCACUUAAACUAAAAUGCUUGUGGAAAUUGAGAGAUUUUAAAUGUGGGGUUGAACUCAUUAACAGGAUCUCUAAGGUUACAGAGGCUGCAGGCCAUUUCCCAAAUAUAUACUUGGAACAACCGAAUCAAGUCAGAGCAGAACUAUGGACAGCUUCCAUUGGUAACAAUAAAUUUGCAACCUUGUGUACCACUUUCAAUAUCAUAGAAAAUUUUCAUUUUAGUUGCAUCACAUCAAAAUCCCUAAAUAUUCAACUUUCAUUUUAUUUAGCAUUCAUUUUAGUUAUUGCUUGCAAGUUCAGGGUGUUCAACACCCCCCACACGGAACAUCUAGGCCAUAGUGGGCUCUAGUACCAAUGUUUGUGU